GACUGUUGACAUCUGUAACAGACAUGUUAAGAUCUUUGUGCUGUUUUGUAGUUGUUUACAAACAAAAUGUACAGUAUUUGUAGGUGUGUAGUGUUGAAUGCUAAUACAAAAAAAGCGAUUUGGGAUAACUGGCGGCGAAAUGCUGGCCAUAGCAAAUGGCAAAACAUUAAGCACAUAAAGGCUUUGAAAGAUUCACAGAAAUCCGCUGUCUUCACGAAAAUGUCACGUUUAAUACGCGUGGCCGUACAAGAGGGUAAAAGUGCAGAUCCAGAGCACAACGUCCAGUUAGCGCAAGUAGUUGAAAGAGCUCGAAAGAACAACAUGCCUGUAGCAUCUAUUGAAAAUGCCAUAAAAGCAGCACAGAAUUCAAAAGUGGCUAGCAAACCUGGUCUCAUAGAGUUGAAGGGUCCUGCAGGCUCACUGAUGCUUGUCUCAGUGUUAACUGAUAACUUGGCAAAAACAAGAACAGAAUUACUGACAAUCAUAAAGAAGACAAGAGCUACUGUGAGUGAUGGUGGUGGUCGAAUGUUUGAACACAAGGGAGUGUUUGAAGUAACACCACCAGCAGGAGUUGGCUUUGAUGUUGCUGAGGAACAUGCAAUUGAGGUGGGAGCUGAAGAGGUGCAUCAGUUAGAUGGGGAUGUCUUGCAGUUUAUAUGUGCAGCUGAACAGUUCUAUGCUGUCAAAAAGGGUCUGCAGACAAGACUGUAUGAUAUUAGAUAUGCAGAACAAGAAUACAUUCCAAAGAGCCAAGUGACACCGAGUGAUGAUAUUUUGGAUGAACUGUCUUCUGUUUAUCUGAAGCUAGAACAGCAUCCAGAUGUUGUUAGGAUAUAUGAUAAUAUUGCAUGAUGAAGGAAAUUAAUUAUGAUGCUUUUGAAGAAUGUUGUAAAUAUUGCCAUCAAUACAAAAAAGACAACA